CACACACUGAUCCACACACACACCUCAGGACGACAUUAUUCUCUACUAGACGGUGAUGGAGCUCAGCAUCUUCUGGUCCAUCUGAUCAGUCUGAAGGGGAUCAGCAGGAGUAGGCCACAAAGAGCAUGAGAGCUGCUGAAGAUCAGGAGCGCUGCGGCGUGCUGGACGCUCUGAGGAGGCACUACCUGUACAUCUACAACCUGGUUCAGUUCCUGGGCUUCUCCUGGACCUUCAGCCUCCUGACAGCCAAUCUCAUCCUGCAUGGUCAAGGUGCGUUCUACAAUGCGUUCAGCUCCUGUGCCGCUGUGCUGUACGGCUGUCAGAUGCUGGCGCUGCUGGAGGUGAUAAACGCCGCAGUCGGGUUGGUCAAGACCCCCGUCUUCCCCGCCAUGAUACAGGUGAUGGGGAGGAACGUGGUCCUGUUCGUGGUUUUCGGCAGUUUGCCCGAGAUGCAGGAGCGCAGUGUGGUCUUCUGGGUUUUUUACCUGUGGAGCAUCUCUGAGGUCUUCAGGCUUGCGUUUCCUGUGCUGAGUCUCGAUGCCAAGUUCAGGACGCUGAUUUGUCUCCGCCACGCCCUCCUGUACCCCCUCAGCACCCUGACUGAAGCUGUGGCUGUGCUCCAGUCUCUUCCGCUGUUUGAUCAGACCCGACUCUUCAGCGUUGCUCUCCCCGAGUCUGUGGGCUUGUCCCUCAGUUUCUCCUUCUCGCUCCGUCUCUACCUCCUCCUCAUGUUUGUCGGAUUUUUCAUCAACAUUAGACAUCUGGUGAUCCCAAGCAGAAGAUCCCUGCGACUGAAACCACACACAGACUGACGUUUCCAUGGCGACAUGGUGCUCUUUAAAGGGCUGCACUCUCUGAAUUACAGCGAGCGCAAUAGAACUGGUUAUCAUUAAUGAGAUUGGUCUGUUAUUCUGUACAUAUAGUCAAUACGGUUUAAUUAUGGAAAAGAUGUCUUUAUAAUAAUAAAUAGUAUUAAUAUUGUCA